AUGGCAGACGAACCUGCACUUCCCACCCUCCCGCCUUCGCUUCCAGUCGACGCCAGAAGGAAACGAAGGCGGAUCACAAACUCUCCUCAUACGCAAUCCUCCGCCUCGAGCGAUCCGGCUUUCUUCUCCAGUGACGACGAUCCGGCGCUAGACAAUUACAACCACAAUGGACGCCGCAAGAAGCGGUACGUUGGCACUUGGUUUGACCAGCAGCCGGCCUCGUCAGAUUCUGCAGUGGGAGAAGAACCCCUCCCAAGGUACCCUCCACCUCGACGCAACGGGCCUCCACAACCCCAAAAGCGAGAAUUCCGACGACAACUCGACAGCGGUGUCUGGAUGGGAGCUGAGGAUUCCAUCACCGAUACGGACGACAGCUUCGAGAUAGAGCCCGCUGCACCCAAAUUCCCUGUUGCGUCGCCGCGAGCGAGAGGUUCAAUGUCUGCCCCGUCGACCGUCUCGAGAGAGGAGCUGGAAGCCCAAUGGGUUGUCAGCGGCUGUGUCGAAGGUGGUACCGAGCAAGUUGAUCUAAGUUCGUUAAACCUAGAUUUCAUUUCGCCAGAGGUAGUGAAGCUCAUCUCCGACAUCUCUCCCAUUCCCAAUGUUUCCAGGGACGUUGCCUUUGAGCAGAGGGAUCCUGAGAUCCAGCUGUUCCUAUCUAUGAACCGCCUUCGGAGCUUCCCCUCCGGGAUUCUUACCAUCGAACACUUGGCCUUGCUCAGCUUGAGGGCGAACAAUCUCGACGAGAUCCCGCCGGCAGUCGGGAGGUUGACAAAACUCGAGGCCCUCAACCUCGGCCAGAACUUCAUCCGCGUCUUCCCCGCCGAGUUACUGAAUCUUCUCCGCCCCGGCAGCAAACUACGCAGCUUGAGUUUCCAGCCCAACCGGUUCUGGCAGCCCGAUACGGCCAACGCCACUGCUGCCGCCAUUUCCACCACCACAACACGUAGCGACGAAUACGACAACCUGACCUACCCCAAGCGCUCCACUACCAAGGUCGAGUCCUCCUGGUCAGGCGUGACUACCAAGCUCCACUCGCGGAGCCCUGUCCAGUUUAUGACUGGCACAGGCCAAACCCUCUCCCGCUUUUCCCUCCCGGACCUCCCCGGUGCGCGGGGGGCUCUCAUCGAGCUGGAGCCGUUGACAUCCCUCGCCACCCCGAAGGAGUUCACCACCGAGCAGCGCAAGCUAGCCCUUUCCACCAGCAAGGUCUACAACCCCAAGGGCGCCCGGUCGUUGUUUGAGCUCGCUCUGCGAGCUGGUAUCAAGUCGUCACAAGUCGAGGAGGUCCGGUCCUGGGCUCUUUACGCCGACGAAGCCCCGCCGCAUUUUUCUUUUGCCGUGGAGCAGGCCGUCAAGAUCCAUCGCGACGGUGGUGUAAGUUUCCAUGGCUUGACAUGUUCAUAA